AAUCCGACAUUACCGCCCCGCCGUCUCAGUUUGGCGUUCCUGUGGGUUUGGGGGGCAUACAUGAACCGCGACACAUUCCUGAUGGUCGAACUGUAAGUCCCCACAAUAGAUCGCGUGAAAGGGUAUUGAGUUCGACAAACAUAUGAACACCAAAUCCCGGGUUUUGGGAGUCGUUAGAGCAGUUUGUGGUGCGAGCAGACGACAGUUCAGAAGUUUUCUGACACCGGUUAUAACGCGCGGAUACACCCAUAACACCGACAAGGAGGGACAUUAAGUUGGUGUAAACAGUCGUUCCGAUAACGUAUCUCCGUGGCUGGGAUAUAUACCGUGUUUGAGAACAGAUCUUUAUCACUUUAAUACCAUGACAACUUCCGUGUGCUUGUGAAUGACAUCCAACCGGCCUUCAUCCAAGUGUGUGGAAACGUCAAAAUCAUAACAGGGCGUGGGAGGAUUGAUUAUAAAACAUCUCUAACUCCUUAGAUUCAGGAUAGCUUUAAGUACACAGAUGGUCGUCGGGUAGAUCAGGGCGAAACCCGUCUCUCCGUGGCUGGCUCGGUGUUUGUUUAAAGGGUAGAUCUGACAUCGUGGGCUAUGAAGUUCAAGACGCAUUUUUCUUGUUCAUAGGAUUCAUAUAUGUAUUAGGCAGCCAUUUUCGUCCAUCAGAGUGUUUGGACAUCCUGGAUAACGUGUUGAAUGACCAACAAUGGAUACCCACUCGUAAAGGAUACUCGGAUAUCUCCAUACUAACUGCAGACAGGACUUAUACUGAACAAGACCCGGGGAGUACUCUGGAGACUGGUGCAAGUUUGGAAUAGGAUCGAAACAUUUGCAAUGGAGACCGAGUUUGAAACGAUGACGUCCUCUCACUGGAUAGCUGAAAACAUCCGAUGUCGUGAGUGCUACAGAGCUGUGAGGGUAAAGCCAGGAGUGGAUAUCUGCAAGUGCUUCAGAAAGUUGGAAGAUCACGAAAGGCUGACUGACGUUGAUUGUAGGGCGUGGUCUAAGGAGAAGAACACACAGACCUCCAGAACAAAUGCCUACGGAGAUGCUGUUACCAAAAGUACAAACGGGAAAGUGCUGUCAAAGUUCAAGUAUGUUCGGGUGGACGAGGACACGGACAUGGACACGACGAGGCACCUGCUGCUGGAUGUGUGGCAGAUGCCCCCUCCAGACUGGAUCCUCAGUGUCAUGGGCGAGGUGGUGGAAGUGCAGGACAUGGAACAGAAGGAGGAGAAGUUCUCACAGGAGCUCAAGACAACUCUAUCAAACAUUGCAUCCAACUCAGUCGUAUGGCUGGUGACAGAGGGCCUCGACGAGGGCUUGUCUUGUCUCGCCGGGGACGCAGCAGCUGAAUGUCGGACAGACGAGUAUCUGUGUGAUAGAAUUAUCCCCCUUGGUGUAAUGUCAUGGGGUGACCUUGAGUCCAGCGAAGGUCUCCUCAAUUCAAAGCGCCCCAAAUCUCGAGGACCUGCUGAGUAUGUCAUUCAAAGCGGUAUUGGCGAUCAGUUGGGGAAAUCGAUCACACACUCUCUACUCGUGGACAAUGGGACGCGGAACCCAGUUUUGUGCAACACUUCCUUCCAGAUGUUCUGGCUUAACAUGGCGCUCAACGUAGCCGACUUCAAUGAUGAUUCCUCGUCCAUCCCCCUCGUAACGCUGAUGUACGGAGGCUGGUCCUACAUCCUCGACGGCAUCAAGCGGUCGCUGCUGGAGGACAUUCCGAUCGUUAUCGUGAAGGGGUCAGGUGGGAUCGCAGACAUCCUGGCGACUGGCUACAAGGAGUCCCAUGCUAUAGUCACAGGACAGGGCAAGGACCAAGACGAGAGAUGGAGGACGGGUACGGUGAUGGACAGCACAUUGCGACAGAAGCUGCGGAGACGGAUCGAACGGUUCCAGAGACAAAAGAAGGGCGUAGAGGAGGUACUGCACGCCAUCCUGCAGUGUCUUCAGAAGAGAUACCUCCUCACCGUGUACGACAUGGACAACCCCGGCGACAAUCUGCUCAGGGCAGUCUUGCAGGCGCUUCUCAAAACAAAGAAGACUCACGAGCUGUUACGACUGAUGGAUCAGUUUUUCUCAACGCCCGUGUACGACCAGAAAAGCUUCGCCAAAUUCGGCAACCUCGUCCUGGAUGACAUGUUUCAGUCAGAAAGAGGCUUGACAGAUGGCAAGAAGACGAUGGAGCUGAUACUGUUUGAGGCCAUCCUAAUGGAGAGAGUGGAGAUUGUAGAGUUCAUCAUAGACUUUGAAGGUGUUGACUUCAAAGGGUUCUUCACCAACAAGCGCCUUGGGGAACUGUACGACAGGGCACGAACUCUCCUACCGAAAGCAUUGAUUGAUGAUCUGGACCGUCAUCAGAAACACGAGACCCCCUGGCGAGUACAGCACUACGUGGACAGCCGUAUCCCCAGCUUCUGUAAGAUCAGGGAGGAGAAGACAGGACUGCUACUAGACAGUAAAUCAAUCAUUGAAAAAUUAAAACUUGGACCUUUCCACGAGUUGUUCCUGUGGGCGGUUCUCUCCAACAAGUCCACCAUGGCCCAGUUUUUCUGGAAGAGGGGAAAGGAUCUGAUCGUCUCAGCCCUAGUGGCCAGCACAAUACUCCGAUCUAUAGCCACGUCAAACGAGAGCAUCAACGAGAAGAACAAACUCAAGGAACACGCAGAUCAGUUCCUAAGCCUGGCUAUCGGCACAAUCGACGGGUGUUAUAACGAGGACAAGGAGAGGACUUUAACCUUGCUGUCGGACAUGCAGAGGAAGAACCACUGGCGAGUCAACCUCCUCAAAAUAGCUCUGACGAAGGUCAACAGAAGAGUGUUUUCCACGCUGGCGUACAGGAACUAUAUCAAGUACAUCUGGAUGGGCAGCAUAUCACAGGACACAGGUCUUGUCAGGAUCGCCAUAGGCACCCUGUGUAUGCCGCUCAUUCCUUGCCUCAUCACGUUCAAGACAUCCUGCAGUGUGUUUGAAGAAGCGAAGCCUCAGACCGACAUGUCGGGCUUGGAGACGAUGAAAGGGCGUGGCCUUAGACAAUCCCAGGAAAUCUCGUCCAGCACUACCCGUCGAGAUAUCGCGAGACUACAGCACCAACCCGAGCAGCCCUUGCAGCAGAGAAUGUUAUCACCCUGUCAGAAAAUCGGAGUUUUCUACAGCAGUCCCAUCGUGAAAUAUUAUCUCAACUUCGUAUUCUAUGCAGCGUUUCUCCUUCUGUUUGCUAUCAUCAUUAUGACGCAUCUCGAGGAGCAUGUCUCGGUCUUGGAGGGAGUGUUAUUAGUCUGGAUUUUCUCCUUCUUCGUAGAGAAAGGCUAUCAGUUCGUUACCAGUAUCGCCGCCAUGAACAUCGACAACCCACGAUUCAUUGACUACCUCAAGAACUUCUACUCAGACAAGUGGAACAUCCUCGACACUGUCUCAUUGUUCGGCUUUGUACUGGGGUUUUGCCUUCGCCUUAUACCAAUAGAAAAACCUUUUGAAGCUGGGCGUCUCAUUCUGAGCAUAGACUUUAUAUGUUACUUCUGGCGACUCCUGCAUAUAUUCACCAUCACCAAGAGGAUAGGACCGAUGCUGGUCAUGAUAUGGAAAAUGAUGAUGGACCUCGUGCCCUUCCUGGUCAUCCUCAUGGUCUCCAUCUUGUCCUAUGCUGUGGCAUCGGAGGCCAUCAUGUACCCAAACACACCCUGGUCUCUCAGAUUUGUACUCUUCAUACCCAGGAAGGCAUUCUUUUCAAUCUUUGGAGAGUUUUUCUUGGAUGAAAUUGAAGCAACACCCCCAGACUGCGACAUGGUCUGGCCCUAUAGCAACAGCACCAACCCGCGGUGUCCCAAGCCCAUCUCCAAAUACGCCGUGCCCCUCCUUAUGUCAAUGUACAUCCUCAUCACCAACGUCCUCCUGCUCAACAUCAUCAUCGCCAGAUUCAAUUACACUUUCCAGACCAUCCAUGAGUUAACUGACGAGAUAUGGGCGUGGCAGAGCGUGCGUCUAACCUUCGAUUAUCACAGAAAACCCCCCGUUCCUCCCCCCUUCACCCUCGUGUGGAGAUUCUGUCAGCUGUGUCGUUACUGCUGCUGCUGCUGUAGGCGAAAAGCGACACCAGAGUCUCAGGAUGCCAACGGGAAGUCACCCCGCGUGUUAGAUAGUGGUGGAUUUGAUGGUGCGAAAUCUCUAAGAUCUACAAAUAACCUUGCAAUUAAACGGACUGCUUCUGACAACUCAAUACGAUCCCGCAUGAGUGAAAAAUACGGAGAAGGAGAAAAUGGAGACCCUGGGAUGCGAACCCUAAAUAGGGGUGACCUUUUGGUCAAAUCUCGAAGCCGAACAGACUUAUUAAAGUCCAUGAGCCGGUCUGAUCUGAUUCUCGCUUCAAAAGCAGAGGAAGAAGAAUGUGCGUCUGUAGCUGACGACACUGAUAAUUACAUAGACGUCGAUUUUGAGACGGAGAUUGAAACAAUGGGCGACUUCGAGCGUUCUAUGGGCGAGAUCCAUCUGGCAGUGAGACCAAUGGAUUUACCGACAAGAAGUAGAAAACAUGAGCAACCAGAAAGACGACCUAUCUCUGUCAUCAGACCGACGAUUCGGAUGAAGAGAAUGGCUUCAAGGGAAACGGAGGCUUAAAUCCAGUGUGAGUGACGAUGACCUCCAGACAAGUGCUCCAUGUACUUAGUGCCUAAUUCACACACAAUAAUGACCUGUUCCCCAGGAUUAUUGUGCUGUCUGAUAUUACUGUGAUACACACCACCCGGUGGGACCGUUAUGUGAUAAGGAUGCAUGAUUACGGCUGACAGUGCAGGUUCAGAGUUCAGCCUUACAUCCUCUGGUGCUGCAACAGCAUGAGUCCACCUGUGUAGAGGCCGUGACGGCCGUGACGAACAGCCGUUACAUACAAACUGCAUCAGUGUCAGAGAAUGCAUUUUGUCUAUGCUAAAAUGUCGUAAACUUGUGUAUACUACUAAACUGUAGAAUAAUUUCAGACGCAGAUGUGUGGAGAUGUCCAGUGUCUGCAAAUUGGAAAGUUGCUUGUACAGUGUUGAGAUGAGGUUGACACGCCCUGAAUUCACCCUCUUGCACUUGCACCUGAACCCUUCUCUGUUAUGAUCCACAGUCUCUCAAAAGGGGCAUUCGCUGUAGUGUUUAUUUAGACGUCAGUAUAUGCUUGGUUGUGUAGUGUCACUCAAAUUCUCCAUCACAGAAACUAUUGGAAAGAUUUAACCUCUUCUCUGUGGUAAUUACUGCAGUUGGAACACAUUUUUCUGGAUUAUCGAUGUAUGACAGUAUGUUAUCAAUAUGUUCUGUGGUGCUAUGUUUUCUUCAAACAUUCUACCAAGAAUACUGUUCAGGGUGCUGUUGUACGAAACAACCUUAGCGCUAAUACUACCUUAAGUCCAUGUUAAGGUAUUGAGUAGACUUGCACAAGUCUAUUAGGUAAUAAUGAGUAGUUUAAAUGAUAAUUUCUAAAGAAAUAACAGACUGGCGUCCUUAGAACUACCCGCUUAUCUAGACUUGCCUUUUUAAAGGAUAGAAUUACUAUACAUACAUGGUCUUAGCAUUCCGUACAGCAAUGGAGCAAGGCUUGCCAGUAUGGGAGUUACGGUCACCUUAGCGCUAAGAUAGCUUUGUACAACGGCACUGGGGAAUGUAUGCAGUUCUUCCUCUCUCUUCAGAUAUGUACAAAGGUUACCACGUUUCAUAUGUCAUGACCAGUAGUUUUGAUAAUAUCACUGACCCGAUAUUCCACUUUGAAAUCAUACAACGAAGAUACUAAUGUGUGUAAACUUUAUCCCGACAAUUUGUCAAAUCAAGGUUACAUUUGCCCCACAUCAACUGACAACUGAGUAUAGCGUGCAUGCGUUAUUGUACGCAUACUGGAUACUCAAUCCGCUAAUGCCUAAUAGUAAAUGCCACUACUGUAUUUCUGUUGUCUCCAUUGAUGUAUUAUGUGAUACCUACUUCUCAGGUCCACCCUGCAUGUGCCUUACAAACCUCAACAUUAGCCUGAUGACAAAUCACGUUCAACUGUAACACGACCAAAUGUACCGUGCCUUAUGUAUGUUAUUCAAACACCCCCUGAUGGAUACUCUUAAUCAACCCCAACUCUUGAAAAUGGAGUCCACAAAGGUAUUUUUAUCUGACAAUUUCAAUAGCUACCUCCUUAUCCCGACCCCCACCCCAUUUAUUUUGGGUUAAUAUUACAACAGGUUGAUAUGAUCUGGAACUAAUUCUUAUAACAUCACGAGAUUUAUCUCUUUAAAGCGACUGAUGUAGUCUUUUGAAACUUGGAAUUGUGCCAAUAAUAUCAUAAUAUUGAUUCUGGAUACAUAUACAUACGUGCCUUUCUUUCAUCAUCACAACCUAGUAAACUGUGCAACCGACUCCUUAAGACAGGUCCUUGAAGAAACCAAGGACACCUUAACCUAGACGGAUGGACUAUGAUGGAACACUGAUAAGUUAUGUUCGCUUCGCAGAUGGAACAUAGAAUUCAUUUGGUGUUCACUUUAUUUGUUUCCAUAGCGACAUAUCCACUAAUCGUGAGUCUGUUGAGGUUGUUUUUUGCUCUGAUAGCUCAGUGACAGUACAGGAGUCUGUGACCUUUGGAAAACAGACAAGAUUCAACGAAGUAUUUCAUUAACCUUCUGGUUGAAGCUUGAACUUACCAAUCAGCCUUUGUUCAAAACAAACCUGAACGUAAUAAUUAUGAUUAUGUUAACUUAAGUCAGAUCGCUGCUUGAAAGGCCUUCAUCUGGAUUUCACGAAGACAUCACAAUGUAGGUAAACGAAGAAUAGCCAGGGUGUUAUGAAAGGGAAGUGAAAACUAUUUCCUAUGCUCAAGGACACAUACAUGUGCAUUCAGUUUAACAGUGCUACCAGAUAUCGUAAGGUAACAUUUUGGUGCAGGAAGCAGCUAAACCUUGACACACUCAAGGUUAUUACACAACUUAGCAGCUAAACCUUGAAACACUCAAGGUUAUUACACGACGUAAUACAGAUCAAGACGUGCAUGUAUUCUCUGGUUAUACCGUUGGUCUUUUGUGUAUCUUUUCCCAUUCGAAACGGCUAUUGAUAUUUCAGCUUAAAUAUUUGGACAUAUUAUUUAACUGUUCAUUUGAUAACGCAAUAUAUAUCGAUAUAAAAAAAUCAGAAAAAAAUUCUUUUAACAAUUGUAAAUCAUAGUAAAACAUUUCUAUCAAUUUAUUUUGAUCGACAUGAACUGAUUUUAUGAGGCCAGUCAUUCAGUGCCCUUUCAGAACACUUUUCAGGCUUUGUCUUCAAAUGGCAGGAUACUGUUAACACUAGUAUUUCGGACUUUUAUAUUUCCCUGUACUGUUAUCAACUUGAUGAUAAUGCAAUGCUACAUUGUGUAUGUAAUGUUUUGUACAUUUGUUAUAUAUUGUAUAUUUUAAUACGAUACCCCAUGGUAUAAAGUUUUUGAUUUGAAA